UUGACGAGUGGGUGAAACUAGUGGGGAUGAACACUGAGACACUCAGCAUCUGCAGCAAACGAUGAAGGUUUCGCGUUAUUAAACGAUUUUUCAUUAAAAAGUAAAGAGGAAGAAACGCUGUGGUCAUCAUGUAUGGUUUUGUGAAUCACGCCCUGGAGCUCCUUGUUUUAAGGAACUACGGCCCAGAAGUGUGGGAAGACAUCAAGAGGGAGGCUCAGCUUGAUAUUGAGGGUCAGUUCCUUGUUAGAAUCAUAUAUGAAGAUGCCAAAACAUAUGAUCUUGUCGCAGCUGCAAGUAAAGUUCUCAAGAUUGAUGCAGGAGACAUCCUACAGAUGUUUGGGAAGAUGUUUUUUGAAUUUUGCCAGGAGUCAGGAUAUGACACCAUAUUGCGUGUCCUGGGCUCAAAUGUUCGUGAAUUUUUGCAGAACCUGGAUGCUCUACACGAUCAUCUGGGUACCAUUUAUCCCGGGAUGAGGGCUCCUUCGUUUCGUUGUACUGAUGCGGAGAAAGGAAGCAAUCUGAUUCUUCACUACUACUCAGAGAGAGAAGGCUUGCAAGAUAUUGUGAUUGGCAUCAUUAAAACUGUCGCUCAGCAAAUCCAUGGAACAGAGAUAGAGAUGAAGGUGAUCCAACCAAAAAGUGAGGAGUGUGACCACAUCAAGUUCCUGAUUGAGGAGAAGGACUCAGAGGAGGAGGCAUUCUACGAAGACCUCGAUGGCUUUGAGGAGAAUGGCACUCAGGAGACUCGGAUCAGCCCCUACACAUUCUGCAAGGCCUUUCCGUUUCACCUCAUGUUUGACAAGGACCUAAUGCUCACACAGUGUGGGAAUGCUAUUUACAGAGUCCUGCCGCAGCUCCAGCCUGGUACCUGUAUCCUCCCUUCAGUUUUUUCUUUGGUCCGCCCUCACAUUGACUUCAGCUUUCAUGGCAUCCUUUCCCACAUCAACACCGUCUUUGUUCUACGGAGCAAGGAGGGACUGCUUAAUGUGGAGACUGUAGAGAAUGAGGAUGAGCUGACGGGGGUGGAGAUCAGCUGUCUGAGAUUGAAAGGGCAGAUGAUUUAUUUGCCAGAGGCAGAGAACAUCCUUUUUCUUUGCUCACCCAGUGUCAUGAACCUGGAUGAUCUAACUCGGAGGGGGCUAUACCUAAGUGACAUUCCACUACAUGAUGCCACGCGGGACUUGGUGCUGCUGGGUGAGCAGUUUCGUGAGGAGUACAAGCUGACCCAAGAGCUGGAAAUCUUAACGGAUCGUCUCCAGCACACACUCCGAGCCUUGGAGGAUGAGAAGAAGAAGACAGAUAGAUUGCUCUAUUCUGUUCUGCCACCAUCUGUUGCCAAUGAGCUUAGACACAAACGACCAGUCCCAGCAAAACGCUACGACAAUGUUACCAUCCUGUUUAGUGGCAUUGUAGGAUUCAAUGCUUUCUGCAGCAAGCACGCCUCAGCGGAGGGAGCCAUCAAGAUAGUCAACCUGCUCAAUGAUGUUUACACUCGUUUUGACAUCUUGACAGACUCUCGGAAGAACCCUUAUGUAUACAAGGUGGAAACAGUCGGUGAUAAGUACAUGACAGUGAGUGGCCUGCCGGAGCCGUGCACGCAUCACGCCAAGUCGAUCUGCCACCUUGCUCUUGAUAUGAUGGAAAUCGCUGGGCAGGUUAAAGUGGAUGAUGAACCAGUACAGAUCACGAUUGGGAUCCACACGGGGGAGGUGGUGACUGGGGUGAUUGGCCAAAGGAUGCCCAGAUAUUGCCUUUUUGGAAAUACAGUCAACCUCACAAGUCGCACUGAAACGACUGGUGAAAAGGGGAAAAUUAAUGUCUCAGAAUAUACUUACAGGUGCUUGCAGUCAUCUGAGAACGCAGACCCUCAAUUUCAUUUGGAGUAUCGUGGCCCCGUCACCAUGAAAGGAAAGAAGGAGCCAAUGAAGGUGUGGUUUCUCUCAAGGAAGACCAGUGACACUGAGCCCACCACAGUCAGAGCUUAAUAAUUCAACACUUACAUGCUUAAGAAUCUUUUAAUCAACGCUUCAGCCUGCUACUGUUUUGUGACAUUUUGACGUGGGGGUGGAAUAGAUAAGUGAAAUAUAAGAUAAUCUAUCCAGAUCAUACCGAUAUUUUAAUAAAGAAGGUUUUUCAGUGUGUGUGUGAACCUGUACUAAAGCUUUCCUGUUUUCUGCUUAUAUGAUCUGUCAUGAGCUCACCAUGUUCAAGUAAUUGUUUAGUGUUUCAUGAAAAUUAGAGGUUAGUGCAAUACAAUCAGGUUUGAUACUUUUUUUAAACAAAGUAGUGUAUUAUAUACAACAGCUGUUUGAGCCUGUCAUUAAAGCUUUUGGUAAGCAAAAUAA